AUGUCUGAUUUCGAGGAUGAGAUGGACAUUGAUGUCCCUACAACAUCUAACGACAUUAAGUUUUCUUCCGAUAACACAGCUAAGGGAAAGCGAAGUGCUGCCAAUCUACCUGUAGAAGCCGAAGACUCAUUACCAUGGGUUGAGAAAUACCGACCCGUGUCGUUGUCCGACGUUUCGGGCCACCAAGACAUCCUAGCUACGAUCAACAAGUUCGUCGAUUCGAAUCGCCUCCCCCAUCUACUCCUUUACGGCCCGCCGGGAACGGGUAAAACAUCUACCAUCCUAGCAUUGGCUAGGCGAAUCUAUGGAGCUGACAAUGUGCGUCAGAUGGUCUUGGAACUAAACGCAUCAGAUGAUCGAGGUAUCGAUGUCGUUAGAGAACAGAUCAAGACUUUCGCUUCAACUAAACAGAUCUUUACGAUGGGUGGCGCGUCGCGUCCGGGUGGUAUGGCAAGCUAUAAGCUGAUCAUCCUGGACGAGGCCGAUGCGAUGACCAAUACCGCCCAGAUGGCCCUGCGAAGAAUUAUGGAGAAGUAUACGGCGAACACACGAUUCUGCGUUAUUGCCAACUACACACAUAAACUAUCACCUGCUUUACUAUCCCGAUGUACGCGCUUUAGAUUCAGCCCGUUGAAGGAGGGCGAUAUUCGAGUUUUGGUGGACAAGGUCAUUCUAGAGGAGGAUGUCAAAAUAUCAGGCGAAGCUACGGAUGCUCUAGUUAAGCUAAGCAAAGGUGACAUGCGAAGAGCCCUCAACGUCCUUCAGGCUUGUCACGCAUCCAGCACCCCCAUACAACCCAAGGAUGCGCCGAAAGUCCCGGAGAAGGACAUUGUGAGGGAAACCAUCACGACAGAGACAAUCUACAACUGCAUAGCGGCCCCGCCCCCUGAAGCGAUUGCGAAAAUCGCUAGCACGCUGCUUUCGACCAGCGAUGUAACGACGUGUCUCUCGACCAUUAAUACGCUGAAAGUGGCGAAUGGCCUUGCGCUGGCGGACAUUAUCACAGCCCUGUCCGAAGAGUUGUCGAGGAUGGAAGUUAAGCCUGAAGCCAUGAUCCGAUGGUUGGACGGUCUAGCAGAGAUAGAAUACAGAGUUUCUGCUGGUGGAAGCGAGGCCAUUCAAACCGGUGCUGUAGUCGGUGUAGUGCGGGAAGGAUGCGAGCUUAUGGGAUAG